CCUCAGGCUCGCGGUCUGCGCAUGCGCCGUGGCAGCUGCCUGCGCAGGCUUCUCUAUAACUCACUACGCAUGCGCUGUGGGUUUGGUUGCCAAGACAACCACUGGCUUCUUCUUCUUAGCUGGUCCCUAAAUCCGGUGCUCAGCAGUCCAGCGAUCCCAGGGACACCCCGGCACCAUGAUCUCCGUACUGGACGCCAUAUGGGAGGACCGGGAUAUCCGCUUCGACAUCACACCCCAGUGAGUGGUUAACGGAUCUCGGUUCGGCGCUGUGACGUCACUAACAAGGGCCCCAUAUUAAUACAGACCCCCCCCCCACCCCAAGGCCGCCUGUCUUAGAACUACAACUCCCAUGAUGCAUUGGUGCGCCUGAAGGGAGGAUGAUUGCUGUGUGACAGACACUAACAGGGUUACUCACUAAAGUGGGAAUUCAGUGUGAACUCUGCAAUGCUCUCACUUGGUCUGUUUUAACCUAAAAAAAAUAAUUUAAAAUCCCACCAAUCCACAUUAUGGUUAUAUAACCCUGUGGAGUUGCCAUGUCCGCCAUGUUUUCCUGAACACGAAUAAUGUGCGCGAGUCGACAUGCAGCCAGACAGGCAGUGCAUAGAAAGUGCCACCUUGCAGCGAUAUACUGAGUUUAUAUGCUACUGCUGCCGUGAGUGAUUCAUCGUUUGAUUUCCUACCCGCAGUGUUCGAAUUAUCCGUAAUACCGAGCAUUACUUUUAUACGCCUAGGGAAACACGUUGAACCUGGAAACCUAAACCGGCACGUCGCUGGCAUCUCGUUUAUUAGGCAAAUGGUUUAUUUGGGAAAAGUCAGCUUAUUUGAGGUCUAAGUAAAUUCGUCGCUGCUUUUGUGCUUGGAUAAAAUCUUAUUUUGAUUAUUAGAGAGGGCAAAUUCUGCAAUACACUGUGCAAUGACCGAUGGGUAUAAAGCAAGUAAGACAAAACCAGUUUGGCAGUUACAGACUGACAGAAUAGGUUUUAAGAGCCGUCCCAGCAAGCUUGCAUGAUAGAUGACCGUAUUCAUUUCCUGAUUUUUGUGUGGUGGAUUCCAGAGGCAUUGACCAGUGUAAGACUAUAAUGGGAAAUUAGGGAGGCUAUAUGUUAAUUUGAAGCGCUCACAAAAAUACAAAAGGAAUUGUGCUCCUGUAAACUUAAAGGGACACUAUAGUCACCAGAACAACUACAGCCUAUUGUAUUUGGUCUUGUGAGUAUAGUCUGUCCCUGCAGGCUUUUUGUAGUAACAAAAGGCAGUGUUUACAUUACAGCCAUGGAUGCCUCCAGUGGCCACUCCUCAGAUGGCUGCUACAGGUGCUUCCUGGGGCAGUCCUGCAAAGUGUGCAGCACUGACAUUCAGUGUCUUCACCCUAUGCAUGCAGACACUGAACUUUCCUCAUAGAGAUGCAUUGAUUGAAUGCAUCUCUAUGAGGAGGUGCUGAUUGGCCAGGGAUGUGUUUGGCUUGUGCUGGCUUUGCCCCUGAUUUUCCUCCUUUGACAAUUUCAGCUAAUCCCAUGCUUUCCUAUGAGGAAGCAAUUGUGAUUGGCUGUCAUCACUGCUUCUGAUGAUGUCAGCAAACGAGGCAGAUCAGAGGCAGAACCAGCACUGGAAUAAAGUUAAAGGACCACUAUAGGAACCCAGACCACUUCAACUCAAUGAAGUGGUCUGGGUGCCAGGCCCCUCUAGUGUUACGUUUGUGUUCCUGACCCUAUAGUGUUCCUUUUAUAAAUCCAGGCUAAUGCAUAUAGAUAAAUGCAAUACAAGUCCCUUGGUAUGGUGCAAAGGCCCCUAAUCGGCAAUACAACUAUUUUUGCAACCUUGUCCAAUAGGGUCCAGAUGUUCCCUUUAGUUGUUGCUCCCACAUUCUCAAUAUGAAAUACAAAGAAUGGGGAGGCAGAUAUUUGGUUAAUUACCAUAUAAAUUGGACUUUCACUUUUUAAAGUAGUACAUAAAGCACACUGUGGCAAACCUAGCCACUUUAUCAUCCAAAAGACUGGGGUCAUUCGCCUAACUUUUCCUGCAAAGACCAUAGACAUUCAUAUGCCAGUUUCACAAACAAGAUUGGGAUACAUUGUUCAUUAAACAAAUAAACGGUUGAAUGGGAGACCACACAAGGGAGUCGUGUGUCUCCAAUUAACCACUGGCAACAUUGGGGAAACCGCAAAACCCUAAUGAUUUAAUGGGUGGCCACUGUUCAUAUAAUUGAACACGUGGCAGCGGCCAUCUUUGCUCGCGAACGCCCAGUGGUGUUUGGUCGUCGAGUGCAUGGAGUCAAAAUUGGCUACUCGACCUCGCAAACACCGCUGGACUUCCAUGCCGUUCGUAUGGACAGAUCCAUUUGUCAAAAGAGAGUGUCAUUCGGUGAAUUCAACCCCUUCGUGGCUGGCUGGUCCAUAACUUCAUUCGAAUGGCUUUUCUAUUCGAACGAUUGGAUCUGAGUGGUAUUUCGCCAGAUUGUGUGUUCAGAUCCCAGCUGUUCAAUUAAGGGUCUUUCGGGAAGUUCAGAUGUAUAUUUCGUGAGUUAUGUAUUUUUAUGUUAUAUUGAAUACUUUUCUGUACGGAGAGAUAAUGUAAUUAAAGGUGUACUCUUACGCAAUUAUUGCUCCAGUACAGAAAAGGAUGAUGGGAAAUAUUAUUACAUGUUAAGUUUUCCACAGAGUCCACCAGGGAACAGCCCCUGGAAUGUCAGUAAGGAAACCCCUUGCAUGGGGAUUUGUAUAUAAACGGUUGUGGUGCAAUAAAAGCUCAGUUGACUCCCAAAGUGUGUGUCGUCCAGCUCUUGGGAAAAAGGGGAUUAUACUUGCGCUACCUGUAUUUUGUAUGCUGACUAAAGACUACCAGUGGAGAUAUCAUGGAUAAUACUACUACUCCACUACACACACCAAUAGUUCAAUACUAAUAAGUUAAACUGCCACUUCACUUAGUUGAGCCUCUUGGUGGUAGCUGUUUCUCCAGGUAGGUACCGGAGCCCCUAUUGGUUCUCAGUAGAGAUCAAGUUCCUGCAGCUUUGUUUUAUUUUUUACAUUAAGACAGCAGACAAACUUAAAUGGACAACAGGCUGAAAAAAAAGAAAAAAACCAUCUCCACAUGCAUAGGCAUAAUUGAAACUACAAAACAACAUGAAACAGUGGCAGGACACUAAUGUCAAAACAGCUCCCAAACCCUAACGUGCACAACAUAGAGCGGUAUUCAACUUAUCUGCUAUGCCACAGGCACUUUGCCACCAUCACUCCAAUGCCUUGAACUUCUAAGGGGAUACCCUGAAUGUAGCAUAGUGCAGACUACAUCCCUCAAAUCCCCAUAUGACCACGUCUGAUAGCUGUGCCCAUGAAUGCAGCACUGUAAAACUGCAGCUCUGAAAUUAUGUACACCACCAAGCUUGUAAUAUAUGUGCACCUGCCAAUAUGACUAUGCUGUGGGCCAUACAAACAACUGGUCCCAACACAAUAUCAGGCCUGGAGGGGCUGGGCUGGGCUGGGCUGGACUGGACUGUGCUCACACAGAACCCUAACAUAAGCAUAUGCAACAAGGGAUACCAGGGCCGACCCACUACUAACAGAUGGGUCUUUGCCCCCACCCCCUGCACUAAUACAUGCCACUCAGACUCCUUACUAUAUGGUAUUGCUGGUUGUUUCUCUACCUCCCCCAAUUUGUUUCAAUGCACUGUUAUGUUGUUACCUUGUGCACCUCUUCUUGGUGUAACCUUGACGUAAUUUGACAUAUUUGUGCUCACGGUUAUCUUAACAUGAUUGUACCAGUUGAUGUGCACGAAAAACUGCAAUAAAAUGCGUCACUAAAUAAAUUUACCUUCCUUCGAAUACCAGAAAUCACAUGUCACUUACAUGAAUGCACACAUUUUUUAAAGUAAAAGAAAGCAAACAUAACUCCUGUAUAAAUACAGACAAAUCAGGUAUUUGAUAGUUGGUAACAAUCUAUUACGUUCUGCCCAGGGAAGUAAGAACAUGUUGGCAUCGCAUUCAGCAGCAUCAAAUGGGGAUUAUCUGAGUCCUUGGUAAAAUGUCAUGUAAUCUUAGCAAGGCCAAAUUAUGUGCUUAAAUCCCAGCAUCUACUUUAUUCCAAGACAGGCAUCUGAUCUCUCUAAGGAAUUAAACAAGUACCAUUACCCAAUGCUAUAUCUACCAAUAUUACUAAUGUUUAAAUAGUUUAAUAUUUCCAAAUAUACCGAAUCACACUUUUGAUAAAGUGAAUGACUUAUGAAUAAACACAAGCUUGUAUGUGAUAUAAAUGUUUUGUAAAUUCUAAGAAUUAUUUUUUGAUAAUUAUUAAGUCUGCUUUGUUAUCUCACAAUAUAUAGUAAAUCAAUCUUUACCGAUGGAUUAAUAAUCGUUUGGGCCACAAGCACACACUAUCAUUUUGCUUUUAAUAUUUUUUUUUAUUUUUAUUUUUUUAAUGGCAUGAAUAUCCAGGAGUGGCUCAGUUUAAAUUGCAUGAUGCCAUAUUCAUUCUGUGCCUUGGGAUGUUUAGUUUAAUUAAAAAUCGUUUGUUGCAUUGCAGCCUGACAGGGACCCAAUUAAGAGGGGUAAAUUCAACUGAUCUCCUGACCUUCACCAAAUGAUCAGGCACACAUGUGUCCUCUUGUGGCAACGACAUCAAGGAAAUUAUAUUGGAAUGUGUGCUGUGUGGCCAUUAUUGUAAUGCUCAUCAGACAAUUUGGGAGUCACUGAGUAUGACUAAUCUUGAAAUUGUGUGAACUAUAUACUGGAAUUCUUUAUGUACAUAAUAUAAUCACAAUAUUUUGGUCCCUUUUUCAGGCAAAUGAAAAUGAGACCAGGAGAAGUUCUGAUAGACUGCUUAGAUUCUAUCGAAGACACUAAAGGGAACAAUGGAGACAGAGGUACAGGUUUUUUUGGGUUAUUCUGUGAAGCUUUCCAGGGGUUCAUCAAGCUUAACACAAUUUAUGCUUGCGGAAUUAAACAUUCUUCUUUUCAUUUUGGAUAAUUGCUGAAUAUUAGUACAUCAAUGAGGGGGCACACAGGUGUAGCCAAGAGUCAAAAUACUAAACUGGCUUAAGCAUAUGGUGCUGAAAUUAAUAUACUCAUAGAUAGUGGAUCCCUGCUAAUCUCCGUCCUCUUGUCAUGAGCUAACAUUUUCAUCCAAUAAUUUUCAGGUCUGGGUUGAACCUGUGUAUAAACCUCUAAAUGGUCUUGUUUGUACGUUUUUAGUAUUUGCAAAAGAAGGCAAAAAACCUAGUCUGAAGCGCUUCUAAUUUUGCAACAAACUAGGAAAAAAUUCCUUCCUGAACCCAAAAUAGCAGUCAGAUGUCUCCUUGGAUCAAGCAGCUAUUACCCCACUAAUUAGAAAUGAUAUCCCUGUAUGUUAUGUUUUUGGACGUAUUUAUCCAAUUGCUAGUUAAACAUCUGUAUGGACUCUGAUAAAACCACCUCUUCAGGCAGAGAAUUCCAUAUAUUUAUUGCUCUUACUGUAAAAAAACCUUUUCUUUGCAUUAGAUGAAGUCUCCUUUCUUCCAGCCUAAAUGUGUGAACUUGUGUCCUAUGUAUAGCCCUGUUUAUGAAUAGAUUUCCAGAUAAUGGUCUGCCCUGGCCCUGAAUAUAUUUGUAUAAUGUUAUCAUAUCCCCUCUGAGGCACCGUUUUUCCAAACUAAAGAGAUUUACAUUUUUAACCUUCCUCCCUAACUAAAAUUCUCAAUUCCUUUGUUCUUAUUCUUCAUUUCAGGAAGACUUUUAGUGACAAAUUUACGCAUAAUUUGGCAUUCUCUAGCUCUACCUCGUGUGAAUCUGGGUGAGUAUUAUGUCUUUAUUUUCAUUUAUAUGUCAACACUCCAUUUAUGGUGAACAAUUCACUUGACAUAGUCCCAAAGAGGACCUUAAGGGCAAGGAACAGUCUGCCUACCAGUUAGUGUGUAGAAUCAAUAAGGUGGAUUUUGUAUAUUUAUUCAUUCAAGAGCUUAUAUGUGUAUCUGUGUAGAGUAAGAGUGUGUGUGAAUACAGAGGUGUACAGUGGCGGAUCCAGGGGGGGCAACGGGGCAAUUGCCCCCCUCCCCCGAGAUUCUCCCCUGCCGAGAUCUCACUCCCCGUUCCGCAGGCACAUUGCUGGUAGCCGGCAGCAGAGGGAGAGAGGACCCGGGAGCUCAACCUACAGCUCCUCCGGGUCCUACUCUCGCUAUCAUGGAGUGUUGCUGCGGUUACCACGGCAAUGCUCCGGAGCUACGGGCUAGAGUUCACUCUCACCACUGUGACCACCAGGGAUGGAGAAAUGUCCCCCCUCCUCCCUCAGUAAAGGUAAGAAGGGAGGGGGGACAUAAAUGUAUUUAUUUUAUUAAAUAAAAAAAGAAAACCUUAUUAAAAAGCCUGCCUACCCUCCUUCCCCUCCAUACACACACAUUGCCCCACAAACAAUGCCCUCCCAUACAUACACUGUCCCCCCCAUACACACACUGCCCACACACACAUACUGUCACACACACACUGCCUCACACACAUACACACAUGCCCCCACAUACAGUGCUCCACACACACUGCUGCCCCCCAUACAAAUAUUGCCCCACACACUGCCCCACAUGUAGUGCCCCCCCAUACACACUGCCCCACACACACACAUACAGUGCUCCCCAUACACACACUGCCACCCAUACAUACAUUGCCCCCCACACACUCACAUACAGUGCCGCCCCAUACAUACACUGCAGCUCUCUCACACACACUGCAGCUCUCACACACACACUGCCCUACACAUACACUGCCCUCUAACACACACACUGCAACCCUAAAAUACACUGCUGCCCUCACGCACUCACACACGCACUGCACCCCUCACACAUACCACUGCUUCUAUGCCCUAUAACCCAGCAGACCCCAGGUAAGUUGUCAAACUGUUCUUAAACGGUUUGACUACUUACUCUGGGAUGGGAUCCUGGCACUACUGGCACCAUAACUACUACACUGAACUGUAGUGGUAAUUGUGCCUGGAUUUAAAUAAUCUACAAGUGCCCCUCCCGAGAUCAGGCUCUGGAACCGCCACUGGAGGUGUAUCUAUCUGUGUGGAGUGACAGUGUGUGAAUACAGAGGUGUAUUUAUCUGUGUGGAGUGACAGUGUGUAUGAAUACAGAGAUGUAUCUAUCUGUUUAGAGUGUGUGUGUGUGUGUGUGUGUGUAUACAGAGUUGUAUCUUUCUGUGUAGAGUAAUAGUGUGUGUGUCUGUGUGUGUGUAUGUGUGUGAAUACAGAGGUGUAUCUAUCUGUGUAAAGUGACCGUGUGUGUGAAUACAGAGGAGUAUCUAUCUGCGUGGAGUGACCGUGUAUGUGAAUACAGAGGUGUAUCUAUCUGUGUGGAGUGACGGUGUGUGUGUGAAUACAGAGGUGUAUCUAUCUGUGUGGAGUGACGGUGUGUGUGAAUACAGAGGUGUAUCUAUCUGUGUGGAGUGACGGUGUGUGUGAAUACAGAGGUGUAUCUAUCUGUAUGGAGCGGCAGUGUGUGCCUGUGUGUGUAAAUACAUGGGUGCGUAUGCACCUUUUCCCUAGCAAAGUUACUUUACACUUCCUAACUAUUUUAUUUAGUAAUUUCUCCAUCCCAUUGUGACCUCUCAUCAUGCCCUCCCUCUCCUCAUCAAUGUGUCCUUCCCUCCCUAUCCAUGCCAGGGAGAGGAAUUGGUAUCCCACCAACAAAAGAAAAUAAACUCCUAAGACAUGUUUGGUUUGUUUUGCUUUCUAAAUUAUUUUUUUUUUUUGCAUUUUUAGCUGUUGGUUACAACUGUAUUAUAAACAUUACUUCAAGGACUGCUAAUUCAGUGAGUAUGAUGUAAUUAAAGGGUUGAUACAGACGUAUUAUAUGGGGAAUGCCAUCAAUAAAAUCUGUAAUAGAAAAAUAAAGGUGCUCACUUCUUUCACAGGUUGGCAAGCAAUUCACUGGAAUGUCAUAUAAUUGUUUUGUUUUUGUUUUUUUAUUAUAGUCUUCUCCUGUUUUUAGAUGUCCACUCCAUUUUGAAAAUAUGUUCUGAAUGAUAAUUAGCUAGCUAGGUUUUUUUAUGAAGGUCCCAUCAGUUUUAUAUAUAUAUAUAUAUAUAUAUAUAUAUAAUUUUUUUUUAUUUUUUUUUAUUCCUGAAUGUGUAACACUGUGUACUUUGGUCAUUAAUGAAAUGUAUUAUUUCAUAUGAUUUGUCAGGUAUAUAAGGGGAAAAAAAUUAAUUUGAUUUAAUAAGAGACGUGUUAUUAAGGGAGUGUUUUCCAACCAUGCGGUGCUCUGUGUGGUGCGUGUUUUAUGACAUUUGGUUUUAUAUCAACAGAAAUUACGAGGUCAAACGGAAGCACUUUAUAUUUUAACAAAAUGCAAUAAUACACGUUUUGAGUUCAUUUUCACAAAUGCUGUCCCUGGAAGUCCUAGGCUGUUCACAUCUGUCAUUGCUGUACAUAGGUAAGUCUAUUGCAGAUGUAUUGACCAUAUGUUCACCAUUUCAUUUUUUAAUAUCCUAGCAAUUCCCUGAUGUCUGUAAUUAUUCACUAAAGUAAGCUUUGAAAAAAAAUAAGAAAAAAAUUGUCAGCCAUUACGAGCAGCUCGAGCGUUAAUGGGUUCAAUGUUAAAUAUAUUUAAAAAAAAUUCCAUCCCAUUUCUUUUCCUCUCUAAAAAUUAUGCUUUAAGGGGCAGAAGUUGGCAUAUGUUGGUGGUUGUAGGUUCUAAAGCAGAAAGAAAUAGGCUGUAGGAUCAGAUGGACCCGAUGGAGGAUAUUACAGCUGUUGGGUUUAACCAGAGUCUAUCCCAAGCCAUGUUGCUAACCUCAUCCCAUCAGGGUUAUGAUUUACAGACAGAAAUUAGAUGGUAUAGAAAACAGGAAAAACCAAGAAGCAAACUCGUAGGUAGCAGCCAGUGACACUGGGCAGAUAGUGUAAUUUAUACUUGCUAGGGCUGCACAUUCACUCACCAGUUGAUGGUGGUGAGUGGGAAUUUUGAGGCCUAAUAUUUACAUAUUAUAUGUUUGUGUAUUUUAGAAUAUGGUCAAUAAGUUGGUAAAUAUCCAGUUUCUAUAUUUUCUAGAGCCUAUGAGACCUCUAAAAUGUAUAGAGAUCUGAAACUAAGAGGGGCACUGAUCCAAAACAAACAGCUGAGACUUCUUCCCCGGGAGCAGGUCUAUGACAAAAUCAAUGGCGUAUGGAAUUUAUCCAGUGACCAGGUUAGAACGUUGAAAUAUUGAUAACUGAUCUGAUAACCUUUAUCUGAUUCUUUCCCUCUCAUUUAUAGGCACAAGAAUGGCAUUGAGCCAUGAGCCAUGUAACCAGAGACGUUAAUUUUAUGUGUUUUUAGCUCUCCAUUAAACUAACAAUCCCACCUGUAAAACAACAUAGUAUGUAAUAUUCCUCUUAGUGGGUGCCCAUUGAUAGAUCACCUGACGCUCUUAUACUAUCGCAGGCCACUCAGCUAACCCUUCCUCAUACUGCAAUGCAGAGAUGCAGGCAGAGAUGCAAUAAAGUUUAACAAGUGAAGGUAAGUAGGUGAUCGAAAUCUCCUGUCCCCCCAUAACAACUUAAAUGAGCUGAAUUUGUAAUGGGGUGGGAGUGUUCAUUUAAUGCAAUUUACAGCACUUCUAGGAUAAAAACUUUGAGGUUUUUGUUUUUUUGGAGGGGCUACUCACAGCUGACUGAGCAUAUCAAAUCAUCAGAUCUUAAGAAUGAAACUUUGUCUAGAUGCUGAACUACAAAUAUAAAAGUUUACAGGCAAGGUAUACAGAAAAUAUGGUUUAAAAGGUAGAAUAUUACAUUUCUGUUAACUCUUCCCUAAAGGAUUACAUACUGGAACAGUUAUAAUAGAAAGUGAAUAAAAGGGACUGGAGCUGAUCCCCCUUCAGUUCUUUAAUGUAUGAAGACAAUGUAAUUAAAAAUGUAAAAUCUUAAAAAAUGUAUGUGCUUUUAUAAAGAGUUCAAAACAUAGUUUUUCCAUUUCAUGAAACAAUAGUUUCAUGCAGGUCCCAUGUACUGAAACUUUUUACUUUCACCAUAUGUUAUUAUGUAGCAGUCAUGCAUCAUAUGUACAUAGUAUGCAAAUAUCUCUGGCCAACAAAAAUGUAUUUACCUACGUUUCAUUUUCCUUUUUUUAGGGCAAUUUAGGCACUUUCUUUAUAACAAAUGUGAGAAUUGUGUGGCACGCCAACAUGAAUGACAGCUUUAAUGUCAGCAUCCCUUAUUUACAAAUUGUAAGUUUCUCAUCAUUAUAAGUGAGUAGAUUUUAAACAUGUUGUUCAGUCUGGGCCUUUGUGUUGGCAAUUGACUUUUGGGUUGUUUGAGGUUUCGCACUUUAGUUCCCAUAAGAAAUAUGAUGGAAUCAGAAAGUCAGAACUUUUAGAAGAUUAGAAAAAGUGGUGCAAAGUUUUAAACAUGGGACAACCGAUGGAUAUUUCCUUAAUGAUUAUUACCCCACAUUUAUGUUAGCAACACCUUUAUUAAAAUCCACACAAUGUCCACUAUAGACAACGUAGAGAAAGGAAGCAUGCAUUUGCUGCAGAAGUGCUUUUGAAUAAAGCUCUUAAUUAUCUUAAAUAGGAAAACAUAUAUGCAGUCAGUGUGGGGAUGGGAUAUAAAAAACAUAUUGUAAGAAACAAAAAUGUAAACUAAGAAAAGUGUUUAACUAUCUAUUUUGUUGUUUACAAUUAGCGUUCCAUAAAGAUCAGAGAUUCAAAGUUUGGCUUAGCACUUGUGAUUGAAAGCUCCCAACAGGUAAUACAAUUUAUUUUUGAAUAUGGAAAAAUAAAGUUGCACUUGAUGUAUUCCAAAUCUGCAGUGUUAAAAAAAAUUAAAAAAAAUACUCUAAACCUAGUGGGCACAAUCAAAAUAAAAAAUUGUAGUUAAUCAUAGAUAAAUAAAAACAAAAUGCAUAUAUUCCUGUCGAAAUGAUAGAACUAGUGCAGUGAGCCUCCAAAUGUGUGGAAUAACUUGAUGACCGUUUCGUGGGCUGCCUUUACUGCCGUCAUUGCAUCAAUCAGGCGUAACCGUCAAUAGCAUGUAGGAAUAUGCAUUUUAGCAAGACUAAAACAAUCAAACAUGGAAAUCUGGACACAAGCUUCUAUUAACAAGUCGUCAAACUUUCUGACCUUUAUUAUUUUAAAGGAUUACAUAUCUGCGGUCCUAAAAACGUGUCAUGAAAGUCGUGAGUGGCCCAGCUAAUGAUAUGUAUGUUGAAAAAAAAAAAAAGAUUUUUCUAAUAGACUGCUAGAAUAUUCAUCAGAUGUCAAAGUAGUUAUGAAAUAUUAAAGAGAUUGAAUAAACAAAGUUUAACCCCUUAAGGACCAAACUUCUUGAAUAAAAGGGAAUCAUGACAUGUCACACACUAUAGUGAUCCUUUAAUGUAUGUGUCUUGCUAGCCAAAUUGCUCUAAAACAUAUAUUUUUGAUCUUUUACCUCUGGCAUUGAAAUAGAGCACAACAACCACUAUACUUGUAGUUUUUACCUCUAUUUCUGAAGCCACAAACACAUCUAAGAUCUAGGUGUUUAAGUGCAGGGAUGUGUGCACUGGCCACUACUGACCCCCCAAAGGGACCAUUACGGCUGGUGUUGUAGGAAAAAAUUUAAAAUUUAAGACAUAAAAAAAAAUAUACACCUCUGAAUUUACCUCCUUAAGAAUCAGUUUUCUGUCAGCCCUAGUGCUACCUUUGUUCUGGGUGAGAGUGCUGCACAUUUGCCAUAAACCUUUGCUAAGCAAAGGUUUAUGGUGUAUCUACUUAUGCCGACAUGUAGGCAUGUUUUUCAUGGAAAUACUAUUUGUAGCUUCUGUUAGCUUGCUGGGAGGAUUCUUUCACAUUUUUGUUCUGGCUCUCUGGUAGAAUGCAAUGAUAAAGUUUAUAGAGGUUACUUAUGGCUUCUAUGACAUUUGUGCACAUGGCAUACUCUAUAUUGUGUGGCCAUGGUAAAUAUGAGAUUUCCCCCUCCUCCUUGUAAUGUCACACAGUGGGAUAUGGGCUUACAGCUGCAGUUAUUUUUGCAAGUUGCUGCAGCUGUAAUGAUCAAAUUGAAAAGAGAUGGGAAGAGUUAAUUUUAUAACCUAUGUAAGUAUUAUAAGAUGUCUUGGUUCUUGGAGUGUUACCAUAAUCCAUUUUACGAGCUGACACAGACCUUUCUGGUGUCAAAUCUACUUUAACCCAGUCCUGGGUUUCAUUUCCUGAAUAUUUGCCUUCUAGAGCCCAAAUUUCAGAGUUUGCAAAUUUUAAUGACCACAUAUACAGAUAUGCCCCAAUAUUGAUAUUUGACAUAAGCAUAGCUAAUAAAAAAACCUACAACUGUAUUGGAGGAGCAGGAGGAGGGGAGGGUGGGGGGUAUUUUUUAUAUUAAAAAAAAAAAAAAAAGCAAACAAACCGUUGGAGAAUCAAUCAAUAUGUUUAGCUAUUCUCAUAUAAUGUAGUAAACAACAGAUGGAUCAGCGCCAGGUGACCAGCCAGAGAAUUAUGUUUUGAGCAGACCGCAAAACCAAAAUUUUGAGGCUCCCUCAAAAACCUUCAAAUGAAAGGGGUAUACACAGUAGAACAGAAGUAAGGUUGCGCCACAAGUAAAAAUAGUAAAAUACUGAUAAUCUAAUGGUAAAAGAAACCAAUCAGAAACCAUAAAAGUCCAGUAUAUAAAAUGGUAAAAGUAGUAUAUACAGCGUAAGGUCCUGUCUUUAUCAUUUUUAUACCUCAUAUUUUGGACUUUUUUACAUUACAGUAAGGUCAUGUCUUUAUCAUUUUUGAAUCUCAUAUAAUGUGUUGUUUCCCCUGCGACUCAGAGUGGUGGGUAUGUUCUUGGCUUUAAAAUUGAUCCUGUGGAGAAACUCCAAGAUUCGGUGAAGGAAAUUAAUUCAUUGCACAAAGUUUACUCAGCAAGUCCUAUCUUUGGAGUGGAAUAUGAGAUGGAGGAAAAGGUAUUUUUUUAAUAUUUUUUUAUGUAACAAUUUGCAUUAUGCCCUGGAAUUGAAAAUGUUCCAUUUCAAUAAAAAAACUAUUUUCUAUAAUUCCAUGCUAGAUAAUUCAGUGUAUGAAAGACACAAGCUGCGUAAUGGUGACCUUACAUAGUUGUUAUAGGAGGCUCUGCUGCAGUUGGGUACCUAUAGCCAUAAUCUGUAAUACAGCUGUUUGCAGAGUCCAUCUCUCAUGACUUUUAACCUACUAAAAAGAUUGUUGGAUGAGGGUCCCAACUGAAGUACAACUAUUAUUUUGCUUAGUUUUUAAAUAUUUCCUGUUAAAACAAUAGAAAUUGUUAUUGUGAUUUAAUUUCUAACUCUGUGUUGCUCACAAUGCCUCUUGACAUAGAAACAUAGAAUGUGACCGCAGAUAAGAAUCAUUCGGCCCACCUAAUCUGCCCAGUUUUCUAAAUACUUUCAUUAGUCCCUGGCCUUAUCUUAUAGCUAGGAUAGCCUUAUGCCUAUCCCACAUAUGCUUAAACUCCUUCACUGUGUUAACCUCUACCACUUCAGCUGGAAGGCUAUUCCAUGCAUCCACUACCCUCUCAGUAAAGUAACACUUCCUGAUAUUAUUUUUAAACCUUUGCCUCUCUAAUUUAAGAUUAUGUCCUCUUGUCUACAUAGUAUAAUGAUGUAAUUAGGUUGCACAUUCAAUUCUGUAAUCAAAAAUGAAAAAAGGAAGGAACCGCUCCAGUAUGCUGUGCAACCACAUUUAUUGAAGAACAAAGAUAUUUAGCAAACGUUUCAGGCAACAAACCCUUUCUCAGUACAUCUUGUCCUCCAUUUUUCGUUUCUGAUUUUGUGUACCCAUUGAUGGAGUGUGGGGCAUAGCAGCACCUCAGAGCCUAUUUGAUUAUUGCAUUAUUUAAACUGUUUGGUGGCAGCUAGGUAGCCCCAGCCUCAUGUCUAGUAUAUUCAAUACCUUAAAGUGGAAUUCUGACCGUUUCAUAUUUAUUAGCCUCAAGCUCUGGAAGAACUCACAGUGGAACAUGUUCAGGAUGAUGUUGAAAUAGAACCUGAUGAACAUACCGAUGCGUUUGCGGUAAGAUCAUUUUGAAUUCUGUAUUAUCCUAUACAGACUUGUGUCUCAUGCAAAUCCCCACAAAAAAAGUACAAUCUAUAAGAAUAAAUAAUUUGCAAUCAUAGUUAUAUUUUAUGAAUUCUAAUACUUAGUCUUUUAUAAGGGAAUAGGGAAAAACUAACACGAGUUCAAUGUUUUGUUCAAGUAAUUUCCCCUCUAUUUUCCCAUCUCUUCCUCUCCCUUCCCCAGCACUUCUAUUCUCCGAUUCCCAUUUAACAAGUGGGAAAAAAAUAAAACUUAAAAUAAAGAUAAAAAGUAAUAUUUAAACAAUAGAUACUGUACAUAGGCAAAAACAGAGUGGCAAUUGGGUGCCAGCCCCCCUAAAUGAAUGCAGUCUACUUAUUAUCCUUUGCUGUUACAACUUGUUUUCUAUUUGCAGUCAGACUAUAAAGUAAUUUCAGAUAUUUUACUAUGUUUCCUCCACCCAUAGCUUGUAUAUAUUCACAUUGGUUCUGAGGGUAGAGCUAUGUCCUGAAUAAACAAAGUCUCUGCAUAGUACUUUCCUUUGAUACUAAAUCAGAUUUGUUUUAAUAAUUGCAGGCAUAUUUUGCUGAUGGGAACAAGGUGAGCUAAUUUGUUUUAUAUCCCUCUCUUUUAUCUGGUCAUGUUUUCAGAUCUUAACUUUGACCUGUUUUAAAUUCCCCUUCUCUAAUAAACAGCAGCAAGAUCGGGAGCCUGUGUUUUGUGAAGAGCUCGGCCUUGCUGUAGAAAAACUAAAAGAUGGCUUCACUUUGCAAGGAUUAUGGGACGUGAUGGUCUGAGAAUGAUCUAAAUCAGUUUGAAGUCUUUUCAACUAAAUCAAUUCAACCCACCGCCGACCCGUUUGUUAAUACAGCACUACUUUUGCAGGAUUUAACUGUACCUGUAGCACUGGAAGUGGUCAACACAGUAGCGCAGUCAUAUCAGCAAACUGUAUUGUGAUUUUACACAAUUUGUCCGGAAGGUCACAAGCCUCUAUUUAAUGUGUUAACAAAUAUGUGAAUAUUUAAAGGGACACUAUAGUCACCAGAACAACUACAGCUUAUUACACUUGUUCUGGUGAGUAGAAUCAUUCCAUUCAGGCUUUUUGCUGUAAACACUGUCUUUUCGGAGAAAAGGCAGGGUUUAAAUUACAGCCUAGUGAUAACUCCACUGGCCACUCCUUAGAUGGCGGCUAGAGGUGCUUUCUGGGGCAGUGCAUGCAGACACUGAACUUUCCUCAUAGAGAUGCAUUGAUUCAAUUCAUCUCUAUGAGGAGAUGCUGAUUGGCCAGGGCUGUGUUUAACUUGUGCUGGCUCUGCCCCUGAUCAGCCUCCUUGACAGUCUCAGACAAUCCUAUGGGGAAUCACUGUAAUUGGCUCAGACGACCACUUCUGAUGAGGUCAGCAGACAGAGGCAGUACACAGGCAAACAGUGCAGAGCCAGGAGCUGCAAACUUGAAUACAAGUAAGAUUUUACUUUAUUUAGGGAGGCAAGACUGAUGAGGGGAGCUUGAUGGUGAUUUUAACACUAUAGGGUCAGGAAUACAUGUUUGUGUUCCAGACCCUAUAGCUCUCCUUUAAGACUAGCUUUGAAAAGCUUGGUUUACUUUAACAAUGUUCAGUUCAGGCAAUGCUGACAUAGUGGCACUCCAUAAACAGUGCAAUUCUGCUAUUCACACUACCAGCAAAUUUAUGGAUGAAAUGUUGUUGAUCAUUAUAGAAAAGUAAAAUGGCUCUGGAUAAUUUCUCUUUGCUCUUCGUAUAACGACACUUAUAGCAGUGCUGGGCAGUGAGAUGCCUGCAUAGCAACAUUAUUAUUGUAGCCAUCACAGCUCACUCUCAGAAUUUUAUGUACAGCUGUAUGCAUUUCCUUUUGAGAUAUACUAUUUUAAAUUAUUUUGUAAAAUAGUUUGUAUUUAGAUAACAACUGGAUUUUGUAUUUAUUCUAUAUAUUUUAAAGUCACAUAAGACUGGUAUGCUAUAAUGCCUACUAAAUGAUUUUAUAUGCUUACAUGAAUUUAGUAAAAUUAUAUGCACCAAUUUCAUGAGUUCUGCUAGAUAUAACAGUGAUUACUUAUUCUGGUGAUUUGGUAAUUGAACAUAGUAGUGAUAAGUGUUUCACAAACCAGAAACAGCACAGACCAUAGUGUUAUUUGUAUAAAUUUGGAAUAUUGGUUACCUGAAUUGUAAAAAUAAAUGUUCCCAUUAAAAUAUCUGCCGGUUCUUUGAUAAGCUUUUUAGCUAUAAAGUUCCAUGUGCAGUUUUGUUUCCAAAUUUUAGUGUGAACUGCAUUAAUGCUUUGAAAAUAAAUGAGCUUUAGAUUUUCUGUUUCCGCAAAUGUUAAAGGUAAACUAUAGUGCCAGGAAAGCAAGCUUGGUUUCCUGGCACUAUAGCUUUUUCCCUUCGUCAAGGCCCUCUACUCCCCAUGGUGCAGUAGGGGUUAAAAAUCCCUUCUGUCACUCACCUGGGUCCAGCGCCGAUGUCCUUCAGCACUGGCUUGAGUCCGCCUUCUCUCCUCCCCUGCUGUCAGCUGGCGGGGGAGACCUAAUGCGCAUGCGCUGCAAUGGCGCCGCUCACAUUAGGUCACUGCUUUCCUAUGUGGAUUCCAGUAAUGCUGUAUAGCGUUAGGACAUCCAGCGUUAUUUAGGUGACCAAAAUUCGCCUGAGCACCUGGAAGGCCUUCUAGUGGCUAUCUGGUAGACAGCCACUAUAGGAGGAAUUAACCCUAGCAGGUAAUUAUUGCAGUUUAUUAAAAACUGCAAAAAUUACAUGCAGUUAAGGGUGAUGGGACACUGCACCCAGAACUCACUGAGCUGAAGUGGACUGGGUGCCUAUCAGUGGUGAAACUACCAAGGCCGCAGCUGCGCACGGGCCGUCACUCCAGGGGGCCCGGCCGCACUGCGGACCCCUGCGACCGGGUGCCUACCGCCAUGUGUUGCAGCCCAGGCCCGCACGGUAGAACCACUGGGGCUGCAUUGAAGGGGUCCAUCGGGUGGCCCAUGGUGUUAGGGCCACCCGAUGGCAAAGUAUUACCAGGAAGCCCGGUCAGCGCUGCAGCGCUUUAACAGCGCGGCCGGGCCCUCUGUGGUGAGAUCAGACGCUGAAAUGAAGGGACUGCCCCACUUCCUCCCAGCAACCAACCGGGAGCCGAGUGGGAAAGGAGGGAGCCUGAGCCAUCACUGGACCCCAGGGAAAGUUACCCUCCUGCACCUAAAAGGUAGGAAACAGGAGGGUGACUAAAACAUUUUGCGUGUGUGUGUUUCUGUAUUUUUGUAUGUGUGUGUGUGUCUAUAUGUGCCUGAAUGUAUGGGUUUGUGUGUGUACGUACGUGUGUGUCGUCUGUGUUUGCAUAUCUAUCUGAUUGUCUGCAUGUGUGGGGGGAGGAGGACAUACGCCUCUGGUACCUAUAGUGUCCCUUUAAAUCCAUGCACUGCUUGAAAUGAUGGCUGGCAGAGAUUGGAGAAAAUAAGGGGCUGUAAUGUUAAUGGCACACACACACAUACAGACCACGUCUAUUCAGUGACCUCUUGGGAGGCUGUUAAACUGGUGGCGAUUGAUGCUGAAUACCUGCUUUUCUGACACUUGCAGCUGCAAUUCGUUUUCUUUGAAAAAUCUUGUGUUAGCAGUCAUCUCACAGCAUGAAAUGUUGCAGUGCAGAAUAUUGCACUGCAACAUUUAUUAUUAACAGUUAUUAAACAAAUGGAGAAUUAACAAGGGAAUUGGAAAAAUAGCCCAGUUUGUUUUCCAGCUUGAUCAAUUUUGACAAGAAAUGUGCAGUUUUGUUAUUCAAAUUUCCUGAUUUCUCGAACAAAUAUUUUACUUUAUUUAUUUUAUUUUUUUCACAUUCUUUAUUUUUCACUCGAUAGGCAUGGCAAGUAUACAUUAACAUUUUGUGCUUGCGCAGAAGCCAACAUGAAUAUCAUACUUGGUAACAUAAUGCUAUGUAAGUAAACAAUACAAGCCAUUCCUUUAUCCCGCUGAGACUUGCCUCCCAUUGAGGGCUUUUUUUUUUUUUUCUUUUUUUAUU